AUGGUGAUGAGUUCUCUUUCAGAUCUUAAUCUUCGUAACAACAAACUCAGCGGGAUUCUUCCUGAAAUAUUUCAUAACGCCAAGAGCUUAAUAAUACUUGAUGUCAGUCACAACCGAUUAGAGGGCAAAAUUCCUGCUUCUCUUGUUGGUUGCUCUGCCUUGGAAGUUUUGAACGUGGGAAGCAACACAUUCAACGACUUGUUUCCCUUCCACUUGAAAUCUUUGCAGAAGCUUCAAUUGAAAAUCAUUGAUGUAUCAUAUAAUGACUUCGUUGGUACUUUGCCAUCUGAUUACUUUUUGAACUGGACUGCGAUGUCCUCUAAGAGUGAUGAUAAUAUGGAACCAGAGUACAUUCGGAGUGGUUCAGGAAUGUACUACUUUUCACUUGUGUUGAUAAGUAAAGGAGUGUCAAUGGAGAUGGAACGUAUCCUUACAAUCUACACAGCCAUCGAUUUUUCAGGAAAUCAACUCAAUGGACCGAUUCCUGAUUCCAUUGGUUUGCUGAAGGAGCUUCGUAUUCUCAACAUGUCAAGCAAUGCUUUUACGGGCCACAUCCCAUCUACUUUGGCAAACUUAACGAAUCUGGAGUCACUAGACCUAUCCCAAAACAAGAUUUCUGGUGAGAUUCCUUCAGAACUUGGCGCACUCUCUUCUCUCGAAGUGAUAAACGUUUCACAUAACCAGCUUUUGAAAAUCAUUGAUGUAUCAUAUAAUGACUUCGUUGGUACUUUGCCAUCUGAUUACUUUUUGAACUGGACUGCGAUGUCCUCUAAGAGUGAUGAUAAUAUGGAACCAGAGUACAUUCGGAGUGGUUCAGGAAUGUACUACUUUUCACUUGUGUUGAUAAGUAAAGGAGUGUCAAUGGAGAUGGAACGUAUCCUUACAAUCUACACAGCCAUCGAUUUUUCAGGAAAUCAACUCAAUGGACCGAUUCCUGAUUCCAUUGGUUUGCUGAAGGAGCUUCGUAUUCUCAACAUGUCAAGCAAUGCUUUUACGGGCCACAUCCCAUCUACUUUGGCAAACUUAACGAAUCUGGAGUCACUAGACCUAUCCCAAAACAAGAUUUCUGGUGAGAUUCCUUCAGAACUUGGCGCACUCUCUUCUCUCGAAGUGAUAAACGUUUCACAUAACCAGCUUGUAGGUUCCAUACCACAAGGCACACAAUUUCAACGACAAAACUGCUCCUCCUAUGAAGGAAACCCCGGACUUAAUGGUCCUUCCCUUAAGAAUGUUUGCAGAGAUAUCAAAACGCCAACACCACCACAACCCGAACUGGUGGCGACAAAAGAAGAAGAAGAAUCAUUCAGUUGGGUAGCAGCAGGUUUAGGCUUUGCACCUGGAGUUGUAUUUGGAUUAGUGAUGGGAUACAUAGCAGUUUCAUACAAGCAUGAGUGGUUCAUGAAGAGAUUUGGCCGAAACAAGCAACAAAGCAUCAGAACUCGUUAA